GCCGUUCGCCGGCAGCGGGUGCCGGAAAGCGUCGGGCUUGAGUGCUGGUGUGGGUACUUCUUAUCGGAGGGCUCUGGGUCUGUGUGUGCCAGACAGGCGAUCGACUCCCUUUCGGGACGCAAGGGCAGCGGGGCCUCGUGCCCGCUAGAUGGCCGGGCCUGGGCCCGUGGGCGCAGAGGCCGAAGCCCGAGCGGAGAGCGACCUAGUUCCGCGAGGCCGCCGCGGGGGCGCCGAUGGCUGGACGCUUCCUGGGCAAGGCUUUAGCUACGGUGUCACUCUCUGUGGCCUUGGCCUCCCUGACUGUUAGGUCCUCAGGCUGCCGCAGCAUCCCUGCGUACAGGAACUCAUUGUCAUCGUGUUGGUUUCAUCUUAAUUCCAACAUCAUGUUUGGCUCUAAUGGUGCCAAAGGGAAUUCCCACAACAAGGCUCGGACAUCUCCUUACCCAGGUUCAAAAGUUGAACGUAGUCAGGUUCCUAAUGAGAAAGUGGGCUGGCUGGUUGAGUGGCAAGACUAUAACCCUGUGGAAUACACUGCUGUCUCUGUCUUGGCUGGACCUAGGUGGGCUGAUCCUCAGAUCAGUGAAAGUAACUUUUCUCCCAAGUUUAAUGAAAAGGAUGGGCAUGUUGAAAGAAAGAGCCAGAAUGGCCUGUAUGAGAUUGAAAAUGGAAGACCUAGAAAUCCUGCAGGACGGACAGGACUGGUUGGCCGGGGGCUUUUGGGGCGAUGGGGCCCAAAUCAUGCUGCAGAUCCAAUUGUAACCAGGUGGAAAAGAGAUAGCAGUGGAAAUAAAAUCACCCAUCCUCUUUCUGGAAAACACAUCUUACAAUUUGUUGCAAUAAAAAGGAAAGAUUGUGGAGAAUGGGCAAUCCCAGGGGGGAUGGUGGAUCCAGGAGAGAAGAUCAGUGCCACACUGAAGAGAGAAUUUGGUGAGGAAGCUCUUAAUUCUCUACAGAAAUCCAGUGCUGAAAAGAAAAAAAUAGAGGAACAGUUGCAUAGACUUUUCAACCAAGAACAUCUAGUGAUAUAUAAAGGUUAUGUUGAUGAUCCUCGGAACACUGAUAAUGCAUGGAUGGAGACGGAAGCUGUGAACUAUCAUGAUGAAACAGGUGAGAUCCUGGAUAAUCUUACCCUAGAAGCUGGAGAUGAUGCUGGAAAAGUGAAAUGGGUGGACAUCAGUGAUAAACUCAAGCUUUAUGCCAGUCACUCUCAGUUCAUCAAACUUGUGGCAGAGAAGCGAGAUGCACACUGGAGUGAGGACUCGGAAGCUGACUGUUCUGGGUUAUAACUCGUCUUCAUGUAAUCAAAGGCCAUCCACGGUCAUAUCCUCCCAAAAGAGGCAGUGCCACUGAUCACAUGUCAGAAAAAGGACAGGGUAGGUUACUGGGAAUUGUUUUACUCACUUUUGAAAUCAUUUACGUUGAGAAUUUUCUGGGCAAAAGGAAUAUAACAUCUUAUUUUGUAUAUAUUCUAUUUAAGCAUUGCUUACACCAGAUUUAAACAAUGGAUGCUGUUUGAAGAAUGAUAAUCAGAAUAAAGAUAAAUUUAUAAUCAAUAA